UUUGACCUAAUAAAUAAGUUUACUUGUAUUUUAACGUUGAAAUACAGGCACGGUAUUGUUAAAUAAUGGCAUGAUACUUCUGACUGCAUUAGUCGUUUGAGGCCGUCCAAGUAAAAUGUCCCGACAAAAUGCUUCCAAGUCUCGUGCAGAAAAAGGUGCGAGCCGCGGAGGCGGGGGUGCACAGUCCGUCCAGGCACCUACGAUAACUAAUGAUGUAGUACCGGGUCGCUUGUCUGAUGGAGACUGGUCUCGCUUAAUGUACGAUGAGGAAGACACAAGUUUCGUUGGUUCAAUCGUGGAUGAUAUUGUCGAGCUAACUUUAGCUGAAUGCCACAAACGAUUCACAUGGAAACAAGUGUUGCCAUUCACUGUGUAUCAAGCUAAAGAUGCUUUGCUACAAAUUGUUCAAUGGAGAUUUCUAAGUCGUGACCUGGGGGAGGAAAAUGUGGGGAAUGAUCCUGGUUGGACGGAAGAUUCGGAGCCAGAACCAGCUGUCAUUGAUUCAUGGGCUCAAGGCUCGGUUCCAGUUGUUGUUCGACCUCAAUCUUCAUCGCUACCAUCAGUCAGCAUGAUCAGUGAGGAGCCAGCUUUUCUUCAAGGAACUGAACCAACAACCACAUCAGAUGAGCAGACUGAUAGCACUGGUAAGACAGGCGAAAAUGAAACUACUGGAGAAAAAUCGGAAGAAAAGCCUUUGGUGCCAGAGUUUGUUCCUGAACCUCCGCGUACAUUAAAGAAGAAGAGACGUUCAUACAAGAAGCAUGUUGGUCGACUUCCGUCCCCGAAAGUAUCGGAGAUGGUGACACCACUUGAUAAAGAUGAUCAACUUCCACCUGCACAGGAUAAACCUGUUAAUGCACAUCUGUCUCCAUCCCAAAAAUCCCUUCUCAAAGUACAAGCGGGCCGUCCUCCUGGGAACAGAGAAGUAACUUUUGACGAGAGAGGAAAUGUUGUUGGUGUCAUGCGACUCAACACACGAACUUUACCAACUCAUAGGGUGCGAGUACAAUACAGCAUCAUAGAUCCAGAAGCUGAAGCAAAUGCACAACGCUUGGCUGCAAUGCGGACGGGCAAGAUAAGGAAAUUUAGAAAACCAAACUGGAAAGUGGAAGAGUCCUCCGAAACUACAAAAGACUCAGUAGUAGUACCUCCUGCAAAUGCACGAAGAUUAAGCAUGCCGUCAGCUGCAACUUACAGAACUCGAGAUAUUGCCAUGAGUGUUCAUCACCUACCACCAGGUUCAAAAGGAUAUUCUCGAAGCGGUGGGGUUGCGAGCUCAGUUGUUAGAGAGCGACAAAUUAAAGGCGCUCGUAUUGACCCAAUACCCCCAUCUCUCAUUGAUACAAUCGAUGCAUCACCGGGUGUUAUUAUUAGGGAAGGUGGACAAAUGAAAACUGGUCCCACUGAGCAAUUUACAUCUGGAAUCUCAAAAAUUCCAAACAUUGAUUCUGAAGCAACCGUUCAGUUAGUGGGAAAACAUCAAAUUUCGAUCAGAAGGCCCACUAUUAACCCAAAAGACCUUAUGCAUGAUAAUUUUGCUGUUCAGUCACCACACGCUUUGCCACAUAUUAGAUCAAAGCAGGCCACCAGUUCCUGAGUCAAUGGGAAAAUGAAAAAUUGUUUUGUUUAUAACUGAUUUACCAUGUAUUUAUAGUAUGCUACUACACAAUAAUAUGAUACAUUUCCACGGUAUUGUUACAAAUUUGUGUUAUGUUUGUUGGUUAUGUGUAGUAAAAUAUAAACAGUUCAUGACAAAGCUUCAGAGGUAAAUAUUUAAAUAAAAAACAAAGCCCUA